AUGUCUCUCGGGGAUGAGCAGAUACAGCUGGACUCGCUUGCUGGCGACGCAGCUACCACAGGGCAUACCCCUCAUAGUGUACUUGUUGAGGGCUCUCCGAAGGUUCCUGCAUCGAAGCCAGCCAUGACACGCUACCCCCCAAGCUUCUGGCUCGCUUUCCUAGGCCUGUGCUGUACAGGCCUUGUGUCGGCCCUAGACGGAUCAAUCGUUGCCACGGCCCUUCCGAGCAUCGUUGCCUCCUUGCAAGGUGGCGAUGAUUACGUUUGGGUGGUGAAUGUUUACUUUCUGACUAGUGCUGCAUUGCAACCGCUGUAUGGCCAACUGGCAGAUUUAUGGGGUCGUCGCUAUGUCAUGAUUGGAGCCACGGUCAUAUUUCUCUUGGGGAGCGGCCUUUGUGGCGGCUCGACCUCAAUGAGCAUGCUCAUCUGGUCGCGAGCUGUCCAAGGUAUCGGAGCUGGGGGUAUCAACAUGCUCAUUGACAUGAUCAUCUGCGAUCUUGUUCCCAUGCGCGAGCGCGGAAACUUUAUUGGCUUGCUCUUUCUCUUCGUCAGCCUGGGCGCUACCAUAGGCCCAUUUGUCGGCGGUAUCUUGACGGAUCGCGUCACCUGGAGAUGGGUAUUCUACAUCAACCUUCCUUUUGGAGCUUUAGCCUUGAUCCUGCUCGUUUUAUUUCUCCAGGUUCAAUGGAAGAAGGAUCUCUCGACGUGGGAAAGGAUUAAACGUGUCGAUGUCGUUGGAAAUUUGAUCCUGAUCGCAUCGACAUUCGCUAUCCUCUGGGCUCUGACGUAUGGUGGCACGCGUUAUACAUGGCAGCAGGGCAACGUUCUGGCACCUCUUGUCACCGGACUCAUCGGGCUUAUCAUUGCCUUUCUCUGGGAAAUGUCACCAUGGUGCAAGUAUCCAGUAAUGCCACCCCUCCAUUUCAAGAAUCAAACUUCCGCUGCGGCUUUCUUCAUCUCAUUCAUGAGCAUGCUUCUCGCGUUCUGGAUCAACUUCUUUUAUCCAAUUUACUUGCAAGCGGUGCUGGGAAACUCAGCAGCGAUUGCGGGAGUCAAUACGCUACCUCGUGCCAUCUUUUUCCCGCUUUUCGCAGCAGUUGGUGGUGUAAUUGUAACAAAGACUGGACGGUACAAGCCUACCCAUAUCGUGGCCACUGGCUUAAUGCCCCUCGUCAUGGGCCUUAGCUGA